AUGAAACAAAUUCUGAUUCUCCAACCUGAACCAAUUAUUUGUGGUACAACUGAGGAAGAAAGCAAUUGUUAUGGUAACGGCACAUGUCUUGAUGGAUUGUGCAUCUGUGUUGAGGGUAUGAACGGAACAUACUGUAAUGAAACAACUGCUUCAGAACCUCAAAUUCCAACUGAACCAGUUAAAUGUGGAUCAACCAUUGAAGAAAAUAAUUGUUAUGGAAAUGGAACAUGCGUAAAUGGUAUUUGUAUUUGCAACUCUAAUGUAAAUGGAACAUACUGUAAUGAAACAACUGCUUCAGAUCCUCAAAUUCCAACUGAACCAGUUAAAUGUGGAUCAAGUAUUGAAGAAAAUACUUGUUAUGGAAAUGGAACUUGCAUCAAUGGUAUUUGUAUUUGUAAUACAAACGUUAAUGGAACCUUCUGUAAUGAGACUUCUGAAACUCCAACACCUCAACCAGAACCAGUUGUUAAAUGUGGUAUCACUGAAGAUGAGAAUAACUGUUAUGGAAAUGGUACUUGCAUCAAUGGUGUCUGUGCUUGUAAUUCAAACGUAAAUGGCACAUAUUGCAAUGAAACAAAUUCUGAAUCUCCAACAGAACCAAUAAUCAAAUGUGGUUUCACUGAAGAUGAGAAUAAUUGUUAUGGAAAUGGUACCUGUAUUGAUGGAAUUUGUGUUUGUUACGGAAGUGCAAAUGGCACAUUCUGUAAUGCAACAGAAACAAAGAUACCAGGUCAAACAGAACAAAUUAACUGUGGUAUAACUAUAGAUGAGAACACUUGUUACGGAAAUGGUACUUGCAUCAAUGGUGUUUGUAAUUGUGAUGUUGGUGUGAAUGGCACUUAUUGUAAUGAAACAACACAUGAGCCUCAACCAGAACCUGUUGUUAAAUGUGGUUUCACUGAAGAUGAGAAUAAUUGUUAUGGAAAUGGAACUUGUUUGAGUGGUGUCUGUAUUUGUAAUUCAAACAUUAAUGGUACAUAUUGCAAUGAAACAAAUACAGAACCAGUUACUCCAGAACCAGAACCUGUCAAAUGUGGUGAAACAUUGGAAGAAAAUAACUGUUACGGAAAUGGAACCUGUUUAAAUGGUAUUUGUGUUUGUAAGUCAAACAUUAAUGGUACAUAUUGCAAUGAAACUACAUCAGAACCAGUUAUCCCACAACCAGUACCAAUUAAAUGUGGUGAAACAUUGGAAGAAAAUACUUGUUAUGGAAAUGGUACAUGUGUAAAUGGUAUUUGUAUUUGCAACUCUAAUGUAAACGGUACUUUCUGUAAUGAAACAACUCCAGAAACUCCAAUUCCACAACCUGAACCAAUUAAAUGUGGAACAACCAUUGAGGAAAAUAGUUGUUAUGGAAAUGGAACAUGUGUAAAUGGUAUUUGUAUUUGUAAUACAAACGUUAAUGGUACAUUCUGUAAUGAAACUUCUGAAACUCCAACACCUCAACCAGAACCAGUUGUUAAAUGUGGUUUCACUGAAGAUGAGAAUAUUUGUUACGGAAAUGGAACUUGCAUUAAUGGUAUUUGUGUUUGUAAUUCAAACAUUAAUGGUACAUAUUGCAAUGAAACUACAUCAGAACCAGUUAUCCCACAACCAGUACCAAUUAAAUGUGGUGAAACAUUGGAAGAAAAUACUUGUUAUGGAAAUGGUACAUGUGUAAAUGGUAUUUGUAUUUGCAACUCUAAUGUAAACGGUACUUUCUGUAAUGAAACAACUCCAGAAACUCAAAUUCCAACUGAACCAGUUAAAUGUGGAUCAACCAUUGAAGAAAAUAAUUGUUAUGGAAAUGGAACUUGCAUGAAUGGUAUUUGUGUUUGUAUUACCAACGUUAAUGGAACCUUCUGUAAUGAAACAAGUCAUGAGCCUCAACCAGAACCUGUUGUUAAAUGUGGUUUCACUGAAGAUGAGAAUAAUUGUUAUGGAAAUGGAACUUGUUUGAAUGGUGUCUGUAUUUGUAAUUCAAACAUUAAUGGUACAUAUUGCAAUGAAACAACAUCAGAACCAGUUACUCCACAACCUGAACCAAUUAAAUGUGGUGAAACAUUGGAAGAAAAUACCUGUUAUGGAAAUGGUACAUGUGUAAAUGGUAUUUGUAUUUGCAACUCUAAUGUAAACGGAACAUUCUGUAAUGAAACAACUCCAGAAACUCCAAUUCCCCAACCUGAACCAAUUAAAUGUGGAUCAACCAUUGAGGAAAAUAGUUGUUAUGGAAAUGGAACAUGUGUAAAUG